GUAUUGUUCCUAUGAUGAAGUGUCCAUCAUUAUACACACACACACUCUCUCUCCCUUAAAAAAAGCACAUAACUUUUCCUCCUAUACCAUCCAUUUUUCUCUUGUAUUUUGACCUAGCUUCCCCCACACAAAUACUAAAUAUUUUUUAUACCAUAUGGCAACACAUCAAAACCAGGGAAAAGAUCAAGAGAGGGAAUUGGAAUUCCUAAGUGACGACUCUGAAUCUGAAUUUGAGGUUCCAUUGCCUCUCACCGUCACUUCUCGGGCUUUGUAUAUGUUGGGAGAUAUAACUGCAGGGCCUGCGUUUAGGUUCACGCAAUGGCUCCAUUUGGUUCGUAAACGCACUUCCAAGUAUCGCUCUUCUGGUUUCCCUCAUAGUCCUUCAACCACCAUGCCUUCUAAUUCUAGCGUCCGAGACUCGAUUGAUGAUAAAAAAUGUGAUAUGCACCUUGAUCAAACAGAAAUUAGCUUGUGGGAGAGACUUGGGAAAGCUGCAAUGUUGGAUAUUGAAUCGAGCUCCUUUUCUUGGGAGAGUCUCUCUUCACUGCACCAUACUGAACACAGCAGUAGCAAUGAGCAUUCUGAGGAUGAAAUGAACAAGCCUCUUGAGGUAACCGUGAAUUCUGGAGGUGUUGUAUUUUUUGCCUUUUUCAAUGGUCAAGGGAGUGCUGAUGCUUUUCCGAGAGAGGAAGCAGCUGUUAUAAAAAUAUCAUCAUCAAGAAUGGCAACCCAAUCUGAACGCCUUGGAUAUGAACUUGCUAAGUGGCUAGGAAUCCAAACUCCGCAGGCUAGAGUCAUUCAUAAUACCAGUUCAGAAUGGCAACAAAUAAAGGAAGCUACAGAAAAAGCUAGAGAAGCGGCGGCAAAUUCUCAGUGUGAUGAAGUAGGUGAAGUGACGUGUUUUGAACUUUUGGAAGCUCUAGAGCUUAGCCGAUGUCUAUUUUUAAUGAGUUAUGUACAUGGUUCACCUUUGCUUGAGAACACUAGUGCAUUUGAGUCACGAGAAUCUGCAGAAAUAACAUCAGAAGCUCUUGGCAGGGUACUGAUGUUAGACCUAGUAAUUCGAAAUGAAGACAGGCUCCCUUGCCGUGAGCUUAGAUGGCGUGGGAAUUCUGCAAACUUGCUGUUGGCUGAAAAGAUGAUCUCUGCAAAUACAAAUACACUAGAAGCAGCUUUGGAUUCUGCAAUGAAUAUUUAUAGACCAAAGGUGGUUAGGGCACUUCAAAAAGAAAGAAGGUCGAGUUCAGUAGAUAGCAGAUUGGAUUCCCAUAAUCCUGGCUUAAUAAUAUCACAAGCCUCCGAUCUUUCAGAAGCAACAGCAUCGCCAAUAUCCGCGGACAUAAGUCUUAAAAGUGAAGCAUCAGAAGAAUCAAUAUCUUCUGACCUUAACAUUGUAGUCAUUGAUUCUGGUGUUCCUCGGCGACCCCCUAUUGGAAAACGUGCAAAUGAUCAGGUUAAUUAUCCUAAGUUAGUUGAAUUGCUAAUCAAUAGUUCUGAGUAUGCAUCAAACCUGUUGCAUGAUAUAACUGGAGGGAAAUUAGGAUGUCCUCUACCAGAAAACAUGGAUACAACUGAUAUACCUACAAGUCACAUGAGAUCAGUUCAUGCCUUUCGUACCGGUUUUCGAGGUGCACUUAGGGAUCUACAAGGAUUUCAUAUAUUCCUACUCACCCUACAUCAAAGACUUGAUACUUUGUUACGAUCAUUUAUGAAUAUUAUAAGCAAAAUAUCAUCAGGGGAGUCUGACAGAGAGGACUUGUUGGUUCCUGAUUCACCUUCCCUUUCACUGGCUAGUAGUGGUAGUUGUUGCUCUCCAUCAAGUAAAGAGAGGCAUGCCAAUGAUAACAAUCAAGAUUUCGCUGAUUCAGAAUCACAGAGAUCUACUUCAAGGUCACUGUCUUCAUGUAAUAGAGAUUGUAGUGACUCGACUUCUGGGUCCAAAGAAAAUUGGCAUGGGAAGUUCUCUAAAGGAAAUGGAGAGUCACAUCGUAAUCUCCGUUUGACAGCUAAGCUCCGUGAUUUUCAUAAAUUUGCCAAGGUUGAUGCUGAAUCUAGUAAAGAACUGGAACAGUGGAACGAAAUGCUUAAAAAUGAUGCCGUCAAACUAUGCCAGGAGAACAAUUUCAAUACAGGAUUCUUCGAGGGUAGUGAUAAUAACAGUGUUGUUGAUGCAUAUGAACUGAAGGUCCGACUUGAGCAUAUUCUAGAGAGAAUUGCAUUGAUAUCUGAUGCUGCAAGUACCGAGAAACCGUCUGCUGUUACAAGCUUUCUGUUCAUUGGUGGGGCACUGGCUGCAAGAUCUGUAUACACUCUGCAAUACUUAGGAAUUACACAUAUUUUGUGUUUGUGUACCAAUGAAAUUGGACAAUCCGAAACUCAAUUUCCUGAUGUAUUUGAAUACCAAAAUUUCUCUGUCUGUGACAGUGAAGAUUUUAACAUCACCACCGUAUUUGAUGAAGCAUGUGAUUUCAUAGAUUCUGUUGAACAAAAAGGUCAGAAAAUUUUAGUCCAUUGCUUUGAAGGGAAAAGCAGAAGUGUUACAUUGGUCCUUGCUUAUCUAAUGCUGAGGAAGAAGUAUACUUUAUCAAAAGCAUGGCAAACAAUGAAACAGGUUCACCGUCGAGCACAGCCAAAUGAUGGUUUCGCAAAGAUCUUACAAGUUUUGGAUCAGAAAUUACAUGGGAAGGUUUCAAUGGAGUGGCAACAGAGGAAACCGACAAUGAAAGUCUGUCCCAUCUGUGGGAAAAAUGCCGGGCUAAGCAGUAGCUCGCUAAAACUACACCUGCAGAAAUCACAUAGAAAGCUAUCAUCUGGUAGUGUAGAUAGUGCCAUGACAAUGGAGAUUCAAAAGGCAUUAACGGCUUUGAAGAUAAGCCGUAGCGGGAGUGUUAGCCCGACUCAAAGGUCGUCUCAUUCAAUAAUAGAUCAAUAGAAAACUACUUAUAGUUAAUUAUACAGAAGACUAUUGGGUCAAAAUGUGUGUCUUUAAUUAUCUUUCCUUAGAGUUUUUCAUCUGUGAAUUUUUGUAAGUAAAACAUAGUUUCAAAAGUAAAUAUAUCAUAUGGAUUUUGAUA